AUGGUUGAGCGGCCGACUAUUGUGAUCGCAGGGCUCGCCUGUGAGACUUCACUCUUCACACCUUCCAGGACGCUUUCGCCUGCCUUCCAGGCCAAACGCGGUCACGAAAUCAUCGAGAAAUAUCCCUUCAUCAACAAGGAUAGCCCCCUGGGAAAAACAGCAGAUUGGCGCGGAGCUCUGAUUGGCCAUGCGCUGCCAGGAGGGAUUGUAACGCGUGCCUCUUUCGAGGAGCUGGCUGGCGAGAUUAUAGACAGAUUGAGGGCGAUUAUUUCAUCAACCACGAUUCAUGGACUCUGGUAUGAUAUCCAUGGCGCCAUGUGCGUUGAAGGCUUGGAUGACUCUGAAGCAGAGCUCCUCCGUCGCAUCCGACAAGUCAUUGGUCAUACCGUGGUUGUCUCGGCGUCCAUGGAUUUGCAUGGCAAUGUAAGUCGCGCACUCGUGCACGAGACAGACCUUAUCACCUGUUACCGCACAGCACCGCACAUCGACGUGCGUGAGACCAAGGAGAGAGCUUGCCGCAACUUGGUCGAGCUAAUCACAAAAGCUCCAGCUGGAAGGAGGGCGAAUGGUAGUCCUGUGCUGCCCCUCAAAGCAUGGAUACCCAUUCCGGUCCUGCUUCCAGGCGAGCAGACCUCAACCCGCAUCGAGCCGGCGAAGCACAUCUAUGGUGCCGUUCCUGUUGCAGAGGCAAGGGGUGCUGUGAUUGACGCUGCAAUCUGGGUGGGAUAUCCCUGGGCUGACGAGCCACGAAACCGUGCGGUUGUCGUGGUAACGGGCUGGAAUGAAAAUUCUGUCAAGAAUGAAGCAGAGAAACUUGCGCGAUUGUUUUGGGAUGCGCACGAGGAUUUCGACUUUGUCGGCCCGACAGGAUCCUUCAACGAAUGCAUCGACGAGGCUGUAGAAUCGAAGAAGCGUCCGUUCUUCAUCAGUGACUCGGGAGACAACCCAACUGCUGGUGGAAGUGGCGAUAUGACCUGGGGCUUGAUGCACCUGCUGGCUCACUCCCAGUUCAAGCAGCCUUCUGGUCCGACGGUGGUCUACGCCAGUGUGCCCGGCGCCGAAGCAGUCCGCACAUGCGUUGAUGCAGGGAUAGGUGCAACUGUCACCGUGACUGCCGGCGCCGAGGUCGAUAAUAUCCAUUCAGGGCCAAUCACUCUGACGGGCCGAGUGCAUUCUAUCAAACAUGGAGACAGGAAUGCCCAAAUCGAGGUUGUUCUACAAGUGGGCAGUGUCUUUGCCAUCCUGACCGAACUCCGUAAGCCUUACCACCACGAGCAUGACUUCACGGAUCUCGAUCUCAAGCCUCGAGAAGCGGAUAUCGUCAUUGUGAAGAUCGGAUAUUUGGAACCAGAAUUACAUGACAUGGCUGCUGAUUGGAGACUUGCUCUCUCGCCUGGUGGUGUGGAUCAAGAUCUGAAGAGACUUGGGCAUACCCGCAUCCACAGACCCAUGCAUCCCUUUGACAACUUCGACAAAACACCAGACCUCUCGGCUCGAAUCAUUCCACCUUCACACGAACCCCUUUGUGGUCCAGACGAAUGA